AUUAACUUUUGGGGCUCUAGGCCUAGAGCUGGGGUUCAUGGGAGCCAAGCUCCCGGAAAGGCCUUACAGUGGGUACCACCCAGGCAGGGGCAGCAGGGACUUCCUCCCGCCAGGCCGCCAUCCUGCCCACAGAGUAGUGACUAGGCACCAAUCAGAAAGAAGCCUGGCCCUGCUCCCUGAGCCAGAGGCAAGCAGGGGCCAGCAGCCCCAGAGCUCCAGGGCUCACUCACCCUGGCAGCCAUGGGGUCUGUGCCUCACCCCGGCUUCCUCAGCUGGCCGUGGCUCCCCCAGAUUGUUUCAUUUUCUCAGUAGCUCCAGGAACAGAACUAGGAGAAGUCGGAAACAAAACAGUUAGACACAAAGAAAAGCAGAAGUGGGCGCUCAGAGACUGACCGUCCCUGACGGCACUGAACCGUGGAGGGUCCAGCCGUGGCCUGGCUGCCGGUGACCCGUGUGUGGGAGAGAUGACCCAACUGGCCUCAGCUCUGUGGCGGCCCACACUGCUGCUGCUGCUUUUCUGGCUUCCAGACUGUGUCCCCCUGCAUGGCCCCAGCGAGGUGACAGGCACUGUGGGGGAGUCCCUGAGUGUGCGGUGUCAGUAUGAGGAGAAAUACAAGAGUAAUAACAAAUACUGGUGCAGAGGGUCACUGCUACUAUCAUGUAAAGAGAUUGUCAGGACCAGAGCCUCAAAAGAAGCUGGGAAUGGCCGAGUGUCCAUCAGGGACCAUCCAGCCAACCUCACCUUCACAGUGACCUUGGAGAACCUCACCCUGGAGGAUGCAGGCACCUACAAGUGUGCGGUGGAUAGACGGCUUUUUGAUGACUCCUUGGGGAUUCGUGCUUCCUUGGGGAUCGAUGACUCCUUCAAGGUUGUGGUAUCUGUGGUCCCAGGUAAGCACUCAGAACCAGCACCAAGGACACCUACAAUGCCCACCAGCCUGACUACCAGCCUGACUACCAGCCUGACCACUGAGUGUUCUACCCAAGGAUCCAUCAUGAAGGGUCACGAUGAGGAUCCUGAGUCCAAGGGCUUGAGCCUCUGGGUGCUGCUGAUCGUGUUAGCUCUUCUGCUGUUUCUGUUGGUGGGGACCUCUCUGCUGGCCUGGAGGAUGUUCCGGAAGCAUCAGAUCAAAGCUGAUAAACAUCCGGAGCUGUCCCAGAACCUCAGGCAGGCAAGGGAACUACUGCAGGAGGCUGCUGAGGAGAGUGAGUCCCAGUAUGUGAAUCUGCAGCUGCACACAUUGCCCCUGAGGGAAGAGCCGGCGCUACCAAGUCAGGUGGAGGUGGAAUACAGCACAGUGACGUUCCCCCAGAAAGAGCUUCACUAUACAUCCGUGGUAUUCGACUCACAGAGCCAGGAUUCUUCUGCCAAUGGGACUUCCCCUUGGUCGUCUCAAAACCAAGAAGCAGAGUAUAGCGAGGUCCGAAAGCCCAGGGAAGGCCUCGCUCACUCUCACCUGUGACUCCUUGGUCACCUGAUCCCCUCAGUGGUGACCACCAGGUUCCCGAGCUCCCUGCAGGCUGCUGCCAUCAAUGUCAUGAGCCUCGCUGGCUUCACUCAAGAUGAGCAGGAACCAAGGCUCUGUGGGGACAGAGGCUCGUCCCACUGGCUCUCUCCUCUAAGCCUGCAUUUUGUUCUGCCUCUGGGUGUGGAAGAUGUAGCGCUGCAUCCCUUGGUGCUUUGGGAAGUGACAUGGUUCAUAUAGAAUGGCACCGGUGUUGGCUUUGUAGUGUCUGCCCAGCAGGAACAUCCGUGAUUGCUGGGGGAUGUGGAGAACCAGCAAAGAACCAUGAGAACAUGAAGGAAGGGGAGUCAUGAAGGCGCUAAACAUCAGUUCCCCCAUCUCACAGAGAACUAAACCCAGCUCUGAGGAGAAGAGCCUGGCCCAUGGCUCCAAGGUCAGGGGCAAGCUCCUCUGGACUCUUAGCUAGAAGAUGAAAUAAAGUUUAAAAUAUCUUCUUAAA